AACCUUUGCUACCUUCAUAUGGGCUAUAGCUUGUUGAAGACAGAACACUUGUGGUAAGGUACCCACCCCCAGGAGGGUAAAGAACAAGCCACACACUGCUUUGAGGGGCCCAGCCCGGAGCAGAACUGCAAGGACAGACACCGUUCUAGUCACCUGCGGUUUGAAAUCAUCACUUCCAGUCCCCUGUGACUAGGGCCAGGGUCUCCACACCUGUGAGAGGAAGCGAAGAUCUAAGGAAUCUGAAAUUUAAGAGAAAAACUGCAGCUGCUGGUUUGUGGGUUGGAACAUUAUUGCAUCUCACUACCCGUCUCUCAAUGAGCACUGCUGGUUGCAUCUGUCAACAGAAUAGUCCUCACAUUCUUAGGACUGGAGCCUGGACAGCCACUGAGGCAGGAGUACCUGGCCGGCCCACUUUGGAGCUCAUCGUUUCCUGGGAGCUGUUGACAAUUUAAACGCAAAUACAGGGGGCAAGUGAGCGAGAUGGCCCAGCUGCGGAGUCUUCUCUGUUUCCUCCACAAUCGACUUGUACAUUUUGGAUCCGAUGCACUGCGUUUGCUUCCGCCCAUAUUCAUUGCAGAGUCUCCCGAACCUGGAGCGUGGUUAGUCUCACUAGCCAGUUGCUCUGGGGGUCCCAUCUCUCCCCUGGAGGCUGAAGUUACAGGAAACAAUGAAUUCCACAGAGCCCAAUUAUGGAGCGGAUGAUUAUUUCAGCACAGAUUAUUCUAUUCCUCCAAGCUACGGGAUAUGCUCCCUAGAAGAGGUCAGAAAGUUCACCAAGGUGUUUGUGCCAAUUGCCUACUCCUUAAUAUGUGUCUUUGGCCUUCUGGGCAAUAUUAUGGUGGUGAUGACUUUUGCCUUCUACAAGAAAACCAGGUCCAUGACUGACGUCUACCUGUUGAACAUGGCCAUCACAGACAUACUCUUUGUCCUCACCCUACCAUUCUGGGCAGUUACUCAUGCCACCAACACUUGGAUUUUCAGCGACUCGCUGUGCAAAUUGAUGAAAGGCACAUAUGCAGUCAACUUUAACUGUGGGAUGCUGCUCCUGGCCUGUAUCAGCAUGGACCGGUACAUUGCCAUCGUCCAGGCAACCAAGUCUUUUCGGGUACGCUCCAGAACACUGACACACAGUAAGGUCAUCUGUGUAGCAGUGUGGUUCAUUUCCAUCAUCAUCUCGAGCCCCACAUUUAUCUUCAACAAGAAAUAUGGGCAGCAGGGUCGUGAGGUCUGCGAGUCAUGGUACAAGUCUGUCCCGGAGCCUAUCAGGUGGAAACUGCUGGGUAUGGGACUCGAGCUGCUCUUCGGAUUCUUCAUCCCUUUGCUGUUUAUGGUGUUCUGCUAUCUGUUCAUAAUCAAGACCUUGGUGCAGGCCCAGAAUUCCAAGAGGCACAGAGCCAUCCGAGUUGUGAUCGCUGUGGUUCUUGUGUUCCUGACUUGUCAGAUCCCUCACAAUGUGGUCCUUCUCGUGACUGCAGUCAACACGGGCAAAGUAGGCCGGAGCUGCAGCACUGAGAAAGUCCUCGCUUACACCAGGAAUGUGGCUGAGGUCCUGGCUUUCCUGCAUUGCUGCCUCAACCCUGUGCUGUAUGCCUUUAUUGGACAGAAAUUCAGAAACUACUUCAUGAAGAUCAUGAAGGACGUGUGGUGUAUGAGAAGAAAGAACAAGGUGCCUGGCUUCCUCUGUGCCCGGAUUUACUCAGAAAGUUACAUCUCCAGGCAGACCAGUGAGACUGUCGAAAAUGAUAAUGCAUCGUCCUUUACAAUGUAACACAAGAGCACAAGCAACAUGCCCUGAAAGCUUCGUGAAACUUGCUAUUACAUAUGAAAAAGAAAAAAAAAAGCCAUUGCCAAAUAUGUAUAGUAACUAUGGAAAUUCAGCAAAGGCUUCCUGCAAGAUUGGAACCGGUUGGGAGAUGGCACUAUCAGCUAAAUUCUUCCAGGUGUGGUUAACAAAAAACAUUGUAGCUCCUCCUGGGUUGGUGUUCCACAAAAUAAGAUGUGGGGAAUGCUGGAUUACUAAGAAAUGCUUAUGAACAUAAACGUAUUCAGGAAUGUUCAUGAAGGGGAUCACAGACCUAGUGACCCCUAGAACCCAUAGCACAAAAAAAGGGAUGUAGCUUGGGAAACCAACAAAAGCCCAACCCCCUUCCCCCCUGUAACUCAUGAGAAGCAGAUGGCAAGUCAAAGAUCCAAUACCGGGUUCCCUUUGAUCUUCUCAGCAAGCGCUAGGCUGUGGAUGAGGAAGGCAAGAGCAAGCAUCCAUAAACUGAACAUCAACCUGGGUAGAGGGGGACAGGAACCAAGUAAGAAGUGGGGUACCUGGGCUUGCUCUUGGCAUGUGAGCUUGCUUCCACAAAUGGACAUAGUUCCCAGUGGUUCUCCUUUCCCCUCUGGGGUGGGUGGAGCCUGAGGAAGCAAGCUGGGAUACUGCUCCAAGCUGGGCUUUGGGCUUAGCAGAUUCCGGCACAGUUUAAAUUCAUCCUGUGGAUGGUAAACUUGACUUGUCUGUAGUUGAAAGCGCUUAUUCUUCCAGUUCUGAAACGGAGGUGAAGAUCCUGAUCACCAAGAGCUUCAAGUUACCCUCUGAGUAUUAGGAAGUAUGGUGGCCUCUGAGACCAAGUGGUUAUUUUUGUUCAUUUAAAUUAGACAUUGAACCUAGGGUCUCACAUAAUGUUCUGCAAUUGUGCUACCACUGUAUUAUACUCCAGUGCCUUUCUGUAUCUUUCAUUUAGAGAGAGGGGACCCACUCAGGUGUCCAGACAGGUCUUGAACUUGGCAAUCCCAGAGCCUCAGCUCUACAAAUAACUAGGAUUACAGGCCUGUGCCACACUAUGCCUGGCUCGCAGACUGGUCUUAAGGUAGCUCUACCCAAAGUCAUAGAUAGUCAUAAAAGCAGGUUUCAGUGAGUCUCUUCUGCCUUGUUAGAAGCUCAUAGUACUCUAGUCCUUAAAGGGCUGCAUAAGCAGAUGACAAAUGUGUACUGGAGAUGCGGAAACACAAAUCUCAUUACAAAAGUUGCUGAUGUGAAUGUCAAGAUACUGACAUGUUCUAUAAGAUACAUGGUUUGGAAUGGUUAGUGAGCUGUUGCAAUGCCUUCGUUGCCAUCUAUAGUAAGUGAGUGAGUGCGUGUGUGAGUGUGGUGAGUGUGUGUGUGUAUUUGCUCAAGUUUUGAGGCCAGAGGCCAGCCUCGAGUAUAUUCCUCAGGCUCUGUUUGGU